AUGUGUGGAUUUAAUAGUGAAAAUAAAAAUAGAAUGGAUGUGAAGUUUAUUUGUCAAAUAUGCAAUUUAAUACUACGAGAUCCCAUUCAACUUUAUUGUGGUCAUCGCUUUUGUGAAUCAUGUAUAGAUAUUAAAGGAAGAGAACAUAUAAAAUGUCAUCAAUGUGAAAUACUAACAUCGACAAGCAAGAUAUUUUCUGAUCAAGGUAUGAAAAAUGAUAUGAAAAUGUUAGGUAUACGUUGUUUUCUUUGUCGUUGGAAUGGUCUAUUUAAAAACUAUCAAAAUCAUUUGACUAAAAGUCAUUCAAAUUCAUUCACUAAUCGAAAUAUUAACAAUAAUAUAAUCUUUCAACUACGACAAUUAACUGAAAAAUUCUAUGAAUAUUCAAAAAAUGUAAAAAUAUUAAGAGCUAUUAUAGAACAAAUUUUAUCUCAAACAUUGAGAGAUCAAUUAAGUAUUGAAGAAACAAAUCCUCCAGAAGAAAUUUUUGAACAAAAACAGGAUUUUAUCGUUCCAUCUAAUGGUACAUUAUUAUGGAAAAUUGAUAAUAUUAAAAAAAAAUUAAAUAAUAUAAGAUUUGUGUUAACAUCACCAUCAUUUUAUACAUCACCAGAUGGUUAUAAAAUGUGUGUUCGACUUUAUGUGAAUGGUAAUGGUGUUGGUCAAUCAACUCAUAUAUCUAUUUUUAUUGUUCUUAUGCGUGGUAAUUCUGAUGCUAUCCUUGUUUGGCCAUUUAAUUUUCAAGUUAUAUUUUGUCUUUAUAAUUUAAUUGAUCAAAGCAAUCAUAUCAUUGAAUCAUUUCAAUCUGAUACAGAAUCAAAAUGUUUUCAAAGACCUAAAGCUGAAAUGAAUAUUGGAUGUGGAAUUUCUAAAUUUAUUCCAAUAUCAAUCAUUCAACAAGAUAAUAAUUCUUAUAUUUGUGAUGAUUCAAUCUAUAUUAAAGUAAUGGUUAGAAAAUAUCCUAUACCAACAUAUAUUUUACCUUAUAUUAUGAAUAUUGAUCCUGCAUUACCAACGCAUAUUCAAGAAAUCAUUGAAAACAAAAUUCAAAAAAACAAAAUACAACCAUUGAAACUUACUUUAACAUUAAAAUCAUCAUCAACAUAG